CAACACAGCUUCAUAUACUUGCCAACAAGUUCAAGAAUGAAAGUGACAGUGGAUGCAGCAAUACUCAAGUUCAUCUUUCAAGAACCCACUUUCAGGCCUCUUCGGAGCUUGUACCAUGUUCAAACUGUUAAGCCACAUAUAUCUAUUUCUUCAUAUUGGUAUUUAGAAAUAUCAAAUUGCAAUCAAGUUCGGAGCUUGAGAACCCACUCAUUGCAGCCAGCUUGUGGAGAGUUUCGUAUGUGUAAAGCCAAUGGAUAUCUAUUGCCCCUUGAUAUAUCGAUGCUUCUUUGGAUAUGUUGGGUUAUGUGGUCGGAUUGUAAGAAGCUGAGCUCUACUGAAUCUUCAGGACAUUCUGGGCUUCUUCCAGAUGUAAGUCACUUGGUAUUGUCAGCCACUGAAUCAUGUAUGGAAAAUUGUACCACUAAAUUGGACAUUUGGGAAUCUUCAACUUUACAAACCAAUGUUCAACUUCCUGCUGCUAAGAUCACCAUGUGGGCCUUGAAGACAUUGCCAAACCUUGCAGAUUGUCUUUCACAAUUUGUCCAAGCAAGACUUUUCUACUUUGCAACCCAUGAGGACAAACUAGAACAGGGGUUGCAUUUUGUGCUUGAUAUUUCCCAAAGGGAUGAUUCCAUUAGCAACCUCCUUACUCGUGGAAGGGCAUGGGCUAUCUCGCUUACUUUGCAGAGCACUAUGAGUGAAGAAAUUUCAAAAGCUUGCUUUUCAAGUAGUGCAGAUGAGAUGAAUGAAUUGAUUCUUUAUCGGUCAUCAAUCCAUGGGAAAGGUUUGAACAGGUUUUGGUCAAAAACUGAAGGAUAUAAUGGUCCAUUGUUGAUUUUGGUGGCCGCUUAUGAACCUAAUAAAAAUGACACAAGAAAAUGGAUUAUAGGUAUUCUCACUAAUCAGGGUUUAGAGAGCAGGGAUUCGUUUUAUGGAACUUCUGGUAGUUUAUAUGCUAUUAGUCCAGCCUUUCAUGUUUACUGGUCUUCAGGGAAGGAGAAAAAUGUUGUUUAUAGCCACUUGCAUCCAACUGCUAGGAAGUAUGAGGCUCAUCCAAAGCCCGUGGGAAUUGCUUUUGGAGGAUCUAUUGGCAAUGAGAGAAUAUUUCUGGAUGAGGAUUUUGCUGUAGUCACUCUACGUCAUCAUGCUGUUGACAAAACCUACCAGAAUGGUCCCCUUUUCCCCGGUCAGGGGUUUUUGCCACUUGAAGCUUCAAUAGUUGAUGUUGAGGUAUGGGGGUUGGGAGGGAAAAAAGCGAAAGAGAUACAAAGUGCGUAUAAGAAGAGGGAGGAAAUCUUUACUCAGCAAAGGAGGAAGGUGGACUUGAAAACGUUUGGGAGUUGGGAAGACUCGCCUGAGAAGCAGAUGAUGGACAUGGUCACUGAUCCCAAUGCUGUCCGCCGCGAAGAUCGAUAGUCAUUAAGAUUCAGCUUCUGCCCCUCAAAUUUCAUACAGUACUACGUAUGAAAAUUGAAAACGUGUUCUGUACAAAAAUGUAUAUAAUCUCUGAAAGUGAAUACAAAAUGUUUAUCUUUCAACCUGUCGGUUGUCCUUUACCAUACACCUCUCUUAUGCCAUCUCUUCAAGAUAGUAGCUACACGUAGGGGAUGACAAGGUCCUGGUCGGAGUCGGGAUCGGGUGGUUCGUGGGACCAGACUGGACCUUGGAUAGCAAUUUCAGCUAGGGAUGGGCCAUGGGUGCCGGACACGUGGGCAGCCGGAUACCGAUCCUGGUUAUGUAAUAUGGGGACCAUGAUUGGCCGAUCCAGUCUUGGUUCCUCUAAAUAAUCCGUUAUACAGAGUACUAUCGUAUUUAUUUCUCUGGGUCUUCUUACCUUCAACUCUCUAGUCUUCAUCAAUCUAUACUUUCUCUAUUUUAUUAUCAUAAUAGGUAGUAUUUCU